AGCCCGGGCUCAACACGACGACGCAGCAGACAACACUUCACGCCAGACGACACGCAGACACAGCCCGCCUGCCACCAUGGUCGCCGCCGUCGCUCCCGCCCGCCGCAAGGCACCCCAGCCGUCGACGACAACGUCAACAUCAUCGAAGAAGAGCGUGCUGCCCACGGGCGGCAAGCGGCCGCAGGCCGUCACGAGCGCCAAUGGCAGCAACAAGCGAGCGAAGCAGCAGCAGCCUGACGAGUCGCGCGCCGUCGUCGCCCAUCGCGACGUCGACAUGGCCGACGCAGACGUAGUGGAGAUCUCGAGCGGCGAGGAGGAGGAGAGCGAGCUCGAGGAGUCCGAGGAGGAGGAAGAGGCAAACGAGAAGGAAAACCAACGGCCGGCCGGCGCAGCAAACGACGUCGACAUGGCGGACGGAGAAGAGGCGGGCUCGGGAGCGGGUGAGGCGCCGUCGUUCGGGGAGCAGCUGCAAGCGAACGCGCCCGAGGUCGUGGACGUGGAAGCGGAGUUUGCGGACGCGAGCGAGGGGGCGCGUGAGGCGCGAGGAGCGCUGGCGCCCGUCGUGGGCGGGGGCAACCGGGCUCUGAGCGCGCCGUCGGCGACGUCGCUGGGGACGGUGCUGACGCAGGCGCUCAAGACCAACGACCGCGAGCUGCUGGAGUCGUGCUUUGAGAUGAACGACUUGGACAGCGUGCGCUCGACGAUUGAGCGGCUGCCGUCGACGCUCGUGGCCAACCUGCUGCGCCGCCUCGCCGAGCGCCUGCACAAGCGGCCCGGCCGCGCCGGCAACAUCAUGGUGUGGAUCCAGUGGGCGCUGGUCUCGCACGGUGGCUACCUUGCCGGCCGCCAGGACAUUAUGCGCGAGCUGGGCAGCCUGAACCGCGUCAUCAAGGAGCGGGCGAGCGGGCUGCAGCCCCUGCUCACGCUCAAGGGCAAGCUGGACAUGCUGUCUGCGCAGCUGGAGCUGCGACGCAGCAUGCAGCGCACGGCGACAAUGGACGACGACGAGGACGAGGACGGCGUCAUCUACGUCGAGGGGCAAGAGUCGGAGUCGGAAGACGAAGACAACGGCAGCGUCGCCAACGGCGGGGCCGUCAAGCGCCUCAAGGCCCCUCUCGACAACGACCUCGACGACGGCAUCGAGAGCAGCGCCGACGAGGACAACGCCAUGAACUUCAACGCCGAGGGCGAGGAUGACGACGCCGACUCCGACGACAGCGACGCCGAAGGCGGCAUGCUGGACGACGAGGCCGACGAGACGGACAACGAUUCCGGCGACGACGAGGAGUCGGAGAACGAUCUCGAGGAGGUCGACGACGACGGGGAGGACGUGUCUGGCAGCGAUGCGCUCGAGACGCCGCGGCCGACGAAGCGCUCGACGGCGGCGCAGCGGAUGGGCUUUGGGAGCGGGAGACGGCGUUGAGUGGGGGAGUGAUGUGUGUGCAUGCACUACUUUGCUCUGCCUAGGUGCUCUUUCUUUCGUUUU